AUGAAGGUUUCGGCGGUUCUCCUGGCCGCAGCUGCCCUCUUCUACCAGGGUGCCGCAGCUCAACCAUGCAAGGAUGCUUCGGCGUCCUGCGGUGCCGUUCGCUGGGGUGACGCCACCCCGGCUAAGGUCGCCGCCCGCGCCGAUUCCAUCCCCUUGGCCUUCCCCGGCGCCGAGGGCUUCGGCCGCAACGCCGUCGGCGGUCGCACUGGCAAGGUCUACAAGGUCACCAACCUUAGCGAUUCCGGUCCAGGCUCCCUUCGUGAUGCCGUAUCCCAGCCAAACCGCAUUGUUGUCUUCGACGUUGGCGGCGUCAUUAAAAUCAGCUCCCGAAUCGUAGUGUCCAAGAAUAUCUACAUAGCCGGCCAGACUGCGCCCGGAGGUGGCAUUACCGUCUAUGGCAACGGCUUCUCCUGGUCUAAUGCUAACGAUGCCAUCGUCCGCCACAUCCGCAUCCGUAUGGGCAAGGGUGGCGACAGCGGCAAGGACGCCAUCACCAUCGCCGACGGUAAGAACCUCAUCUUCGACCACGUCUCCGUCUCCUGGGGCCGCGAAGAGACCUUUUCCAUCUCGGGCGAUGUCACAAACGUCACCGUCUCCGACUCCAUCAUCGCCCAGGGCCUCGAGACCCACUCCUGCGGCGGCCUCAUGCAGACCGAUGGCGGCGUCUCCCUCUUCCGCAACCUCUACAUCGACAACAAGACGCGAAACCCCAAGGUCAAGGGCGUCAACGACUUCCAGAACAAUGUCGUCUACAACUGGGGCUCGGGCGGGGGCUACAUCGCGGGGGACUCGGCCGGCGCGAGCUACGCCAACAUCGUCAACAACUACUUCAUAUCCGGGCCCUCCACCUCCGUCGCGGCCUUCACGCGCGGCAACGCAAACUUCCGCGGCUACGUCAGGGACAACUUCUACGACUCGAACCGCGACGGGGCGCUUAACGGCGCCGCCCUCUGCGUCUCCGCCACCUGCUACUCCGACCUCGCCAUCCAGACCGCCCCCUUCGCCUACCCGCCGCCCGCGAAGCUUCUCGCCCCCGCCGCCGCCGUGGCCCACGUUUCCGCCAGGGCUGGUGCCUCCAUCUCCCGCGACGCCGUCGACGCCGCCCUCCUGAAGGAGCUCCAGUCCUACGGGAAGUCCGGCAAGCUCAUCUCGGACGAGGCCUCCGCGGGCGGCGUCGGCACCGUCGCGCCCGGCACGGCCAAGAGGGAUACUGACGGUGACGGCAUCCCCGACGAGUGGGAGACGGCCAACGGCCUGAACCCCAACGAUGCGUCGGACGGUAUGAAGAUUGGCGCCGGCGGGUAUGCCAACCUUGAGAUCUACGUCAACUCGCUCGCCCCGGCUGUCUAUUAG